AUGUCGGACAAGAAACAGCUCAACGACCUCCUGAAAUGGAGCAUCAACGCCUCGACGGCGAAGGAGGACAACACGGCGCCCUACGCGGGGCCGAUCCGGUCGCCCAACGCGGAGGCGAUCGCGGCGCUGAUGGGCGGGCCCUCGGACGCGGACCUCAUGAUCGCGGCCAUGCACAACAUCACGUCGACGGACCCGGAGGUGACGCUCGAGUCCAAGAUCAUUGCCUUCGACAACCUGGAGCAGCUGAUCGAGUCGCUGGACAACGCGAACCUUCUGAGCAAGGUCGGCCUGUGGACCCCGCUGCUCGAGCUGCUGGGCCAUGACGAGCGGGAGAUCCGCCGCUACGCCGCCUGGGUCGUGGGCACCGCCGUGCAGAACAACGCGCCGAGCCAGGAGAGACUGGUCGCGCUCGGCGGCGUCGAGAAGCUCGUCGCCAUGGUCCUCGGCGAGCGGCUGGGCAUGGAGAAGCGCAGCGGCGAUGGGGAUGUCGUUGUUGAGGACGCCCAGGGCGUCAACGCUGGCGAGCGGGAGGUGAAGGACGUCAGGCGGAAGGCUGUGUAUGCCCUCAGCUCGGCCGUGAGGAAUUACCAGCCCGCUAUGGACGUGCUGAGCAGCGAGUUGAAGAAGAGGGAGGGCACGGAGACUGGCAAGGUCGAGGCGACGGACAUGGAUGCAGUGGACGCUGUCGUCGACAAACUGAGGGAGAGAGUUGCAAGUGCUGAGGAGUAA